UUUUUGGUUUUUGGUUUUUGGGUGAUAUCCAAGUUGCUUUGCUUGUUUGCCUUUUCUCUCCUUUCUUGAUUUGUGUCUGCCUCCUCAAGCUAGGCAUACAUGGUUUUGUCGAAAAUGGUUGGAUUAAGUCUUGGUUGAUAGUCGCUUGGCUGUUCUUGUUUGCUCUUGGGGACGAGGUGUCAGCUUGGAAAUUGUCGCAUCUUCUUGCCCCGCCUCCCAAUCGCUCAGAGCUUCAGUCAAUAAGCAGCGACUCCCAAUAUACAUAAAAAACCAAGCGUGAUUGCGGUAAUAGCAAUCAUGCUGCGCCUACGAAGAUAUCGCUACUACGUCUUCUUCGCUGCCUUCGUCGUAUUUCUCCUAUAUCGUGUCACCUCGAACAGCCAUCAGUGGGAACCUCCUAUUCCACACAAACCCGCACCGAAGCCACUCUCCGAGCAAGGCUAUGUCCAGGACUACAAGCAGAAAUCUCCUAGCCAGGAUAAGGAUAGUAGUAGAUUCACAGGAGACAAUGAUCCAUCCCAACAAUUGCCAGUGAUGGCGGGCAAAGAGCCUAGCGAGGUUAAGAUUCCGAGCUUGAAACCCGCCAUUGCCGAAGAUGUCCCAGCCAAACUCGAUCAUGCUACCCCGACUACGACAACAAGUUCAGACGGUGAGACCAAGGUGCUUGAGUACGACCAAGACGAUGCUGCUAAGACCGUCACCGCUGCGCUGAUCGAUAUACCGGACAAGAACGUUAACCCAGGCGCAAAAGGCAUUGGGAAAGGGGUCCAUGAAAAGCCAGCCGUGCAAAAGCCCGAGACCGAUACCACAACUGCAAUCCAUUGGACGAAGUUACCCGAGCACUUCCCUGUUCCCAGGGAUAAAAUCAUCCCGCUCCCGACCGGGAAACCUGUCACCAUACCAACAGUGCAGCACGCGUUCACCAAAGAGUCGCCCGAAGCCCAAGAGAAGCGCCUCGGUCGCCUUGCAAAAGUGAAGGCGGAGAUGGUGCGCGGCUGGAAAGGGUACAUGACUCAUGCCAAAGGACACGAUGAGCUACGUCCCGUUUCUAUGAAAUUUCGGGAUCCUUUCUGCGGUUGGGCUGCGACCCUGGUCGACGCACUGGAUACCUUAUGGAUCAUGGGUAUGAAGGAUGAAUUUGAAGAGGCACUUGUUGAAGUUGAAAAGAUCGAUUUCACGACCUCUUCCCGCUCAGAGAUUCCUGUUUUCGAGACGACAAUUCGGUAUCUUGGCGGUCUAAUAGCAGCUUACGACGUAAGUGGGGGUAAAACUGGCGGAUACCACAUACUCCUCGACAAGGCCCGCGAGCUUGCUGAAAUUUUGAUGGGUGUUUUCGACACACCAAACCGCAUGCCAAUUUUGUAUUAUAAUUGGAAACCUGCCGUUGCAAAGCUUCCAAAGAGGGCUCAAUCCGGGGUCAGCGUCGCCGAGCUAGGCUCUCUUUCCAUGGAAUUCACGCGGCUUGCACAAAUAACGGGAGAAGAUAAGUACUACGAUGCCGUAGCACGUAUUACCGACGCCUUUUACGAGUGGCAGGAGCGUGGAACCUCGAUUCCUGGAAUUUUCCCGGAGCAUGUAGAUGCAAGCGGCUGUAACAAAACUGUGGAGACUGUCGAGCCAGAUGAUGGGUCCGAUGCAAAUUUUACUAAGAGAAGCGAAUCGAGCGAAACUAAGGCCGACGAGGACAAGUUCGAGGCUUUGGGUAGACGCGAGGUGGGAACACCCAAUGAUGACGGCACUAAAAAGGUCAAGAUUAUUCAAGAUGGCGAAGAGAUGUAUGCACCAUCAGAGACAACGGCGCCCCCUAAGCAUAGCGCAGGCCAACGUGAGACGACGACGACGACGACGACGACAAAGGACAAGAGCAGCACUGCGUUAGAUCCCGAGUCUAAGAAGUUGAUGGAAGGUUGCACUCCCCAGGGACUCACUCCAGGUUCGUGGACGUGGAGAGAGCAAUACAGCAUGGGUGGAAGUCAAGAUAGCACUUACGAGUAUUUCCCUAAACAAUGGCUGCUCCUCGGGGGGCUCGAACCUAAGUACAAGACUCUCCACGCCAAGGUCAGUGCAGCUGUCAAAAAAUGGCUAUUGUACCGUCCCAUGGUUCCCGAUGAUCGGGAUAUCCUGUUCUCCUCCAAGAUUGUCACGGAAGGCAACCCGGAAACUGAUGCCGUAGUCGAGUGGGAAAUAACCCAUCUCACUUGCUUCAUCGGUGGCAUGUUUGGUAUGGGCGGAAAGAUCUUUGAUGUACCCGAGGAUGUUGAGAUCGGGAAGAAACUUACUGACGGCUGCGUAUGGGCAUACGAAAACACCCCAAGCGGCAUCAUGCCCGAGGGUGGUACUGUGGUGCCCUGUGCCGAAGCUAAUAACUGCCACUGGAACGAAACUCUGUACUAUCAGUACUUAGACCCCCUAUACGACAGCCACGAUGAACAAAUGGUGGAAUAUGAAAAGCAGAUGAAAGAAUACAAGACCAAAAAAGCACAGAAGGCUAAGAUGAAGGGACAUGACAACCUUGGCGCGGGAGCUAAGAAAACCACCGUUAAGAUAGGGGUUGAUCCGGUUUCUCGAGAUGAUGCCAAUUCGGAGCUUCGGCAAGCGGUUACUGCUAGUAGGGAUGGCAAAGAAAGCACUGGGAUGCACAAGAGAGCUCCUCCAAUGCUCAGUACUUCAGCCGACAGCGAUACUGGUGGCCAUACCAUUACAGACGACGAUCCUACUCAAAUCCCUCUUCAAGAGGUAGAGGAAGAAACAGACGAGUUGCUGCAGGAACCGACGCGCCCAAUGUCUCAUGAGGAGUAUGUCAAAGAACGCAUCGAGUAUGAUAACCUCCCGCCUGGAUUUGUCAGUGCCAACUUCCAUGCGUAUAUCCUUCGGCCCGAAGCUAUUGAAUCUGUCUGGUACAUGUACCGCAUCACAGGCGAUACUACCUGGCAAGACAAGGGAUGGAAGAUGUUCAAUGCCAUCGUCAGCCAGACCCGGACGGAGGCCGGUAAUAGCGCUAUUGAUAAUGUCUUGCUGCCAGAUUCCAAGAAAAACGACGAGAUGGAGAGUUUUUGGCUUGCCGAAACACUGAAAUAUUUCUAUCUAUUGUACUCGGAACCGGACCUGAUUAGCUUAGAUGAUUGGGUGUUGAACACAGAGGCGCACCCUUUCAAGAGACCUGUUUAAAAACCACACGAUGGGCGAAAGCUCCGAUGAAUAAAUCCAAAUAGAAGGAUUAAUAUAUUUUGACAUACACACAUUACAUAUGAACCCAGGUUUUAGAUAAGAGAGGACCGAGAUAGGUCCGGUCCGCAGUGGCGAUUCGAGAUUCUCUGGCGGUAUUUAUGCUGGCGGGAACCGUAGCCCUCCACGUAACCAGCAAGGGUUAGGCGUCGUCAUCGCAUCCACCACACAUAUAUGCUUCCCUACUUACCUUACCUACAACAUUAUGACAUAGAUAACUAACCCAGUUAUAUCCAAAAACCCCAUAUUUUAUCUUAAGACAUGCCGGCGCACUAGGAUUUGAAGAUCGCAUGGGAGCGAUAAGAAACUUAAACGCUACUACUUGGAAAGCCUCAUAGGGAUAGGCGGUUUUAACCUAUUCCGAAUGUCUUAGUUAAUUAGUCGUGCUUGGAGUUCUUGGGGGAUCGGAUAGAAACGGCCUUAGGGAAAAAUAAUAACCUAUACCAAAUUCAGACACCGAUGAAAUGCAUUAUCAUGAUCAUUCUCACGGAAUCUCACCUUUUUGUGGAUGUAGUUAUCUAAGGUUUCUG